AAAAAUGCGCCGUGCUGGCGCCUCCUGACGACAGUUAUGGGCUACUGCCGGAGCAGGGAGCUGCAGAAAGAGAGAGGCUUUCUCACAUUUCCCGAUUUCUCCCAGCCGAGUCCGCUGUGCCGCUUCCACCACAUCACGGCCGCCAGCGAGCCGAGACGACGACAAUGCGCCCGGCGCGCGGUGCUCCAGCGUUCAGCCCGACCAGCGCGCGCCUCGUCCACGGUUCCCACGAACAAGGUCAGAAGAUCCGAUCCUGAGGGAAUGGUGCUGCUGAGAUGACCUGCGUGGCCUUACUUUCCUCAAGAGAUUAUUCUCCAAUCAAAAGAGCGGAGCGGAAUCUUUCCAGGACAUGGUUGACAGGCUCGCGUGAUGGACAGGUGAUGGAGUCCUCCAUCAUCUUUCUCCACCAGUGACUCGGCCUGGCGGCGCUCCCUCAGAGGCAUAAGUGUGUACCAGCGGUCCAAGGCCCCCUAUUUCUUUGCCAUGGUGACAUAAGCAGUGCUGCAAUAUGAGGGAGAGCCAACGUGAGAGCGUGUCAUUUCUUUCUCCAGUAGCCGCUGCAGCCGCUACCUCAACGCCGUUCGUAUUUAACUCGGUGACGAGACUGACUUUGUUGUGAAUAAUCUCUGCUCGCCGUCUUCUACCCACACCGGGAAGGAAAGAGACUGUCCCCAAGGCGUGUUGCUGGGCCAGCGGGGCGGAGCGGCGUGGCGUGAGACGAUGCUGGGAUGCGUGACGCGCCUCCGUCGGCUGGUCCGUCUCCUCCCCCUGCAGACCUCCCUGCUGCUGCUCUUCCUCUUCUGCACCGUCAGCGUCUUCAUCUCGGCCUACUUCCUCUAUGGCGUCAAGCGGGAGCUGGAGCCGUCGGGAGGGGGCGUGUCCGGAGCGGAGGGAGCGUCCGCAGACUCCGAUGACCCACGGGUCACGCCCUCCCGGCUGCUGCCGCUGCGGAAUGUCCCCGGGGGCCCCGGGGUGGACCCGGCAGGGGCCAGGACAGACCCCGUGGUUCUAGUGUUUGUGGAAAGCCAGUAUUCUCAGCUGGGCCAGGAGAUCGUGGCCAUAUUGGAGUCCGGCCGGUUCAGGUACCGGACCGAGAUCUCUCCUGGCAAAGGGGACAUGCCGACACUGACGGACAAAGAAAGAGGGCGAUUCACACUGGUGAUUUAUGAGAACAUUCUGAAAUAUGUCAACUUGGACGCCUGGAACCGAGAACUGCUGGACAAGUACUGUGUGGAAUACGGAGUUGGCAUCAUUGGCUUCUUCAAGGCCAAUGAAAACAGUCUGCUCAGUGCACAGCUGAAAGGCUUCCCCCUCUUUCUGCACUCCAACCUGGGUCUGAAGGACUGCACCGUCAACCCCAAGUCUCCGCUCCUCUUCAUCACCCGGUCGGGCCAGCCCCUGCCGGGUCCUCUCCCCGGGGACGACUGGACGGUGUUUCAGUCCAACCACUCCACCUACGAGCCCGUGCUGCUGGCCAAGACGCAGUCGGCCGAGAGCGUGGCGUCGAUGGGGCAGAACGCGGCCCUGCUGCCGUCGGUGGUGCAGGACCUGGGGCUGCACGACGGCAUCCAGAGGGUCCUGUUCGGGAACAACCUGGUCUUCUGGCUUCACAAGCUGGUGUUUGUGGACGCGGUGGCCUUCCUGACGGGCAAGAGGCUGUCGUUGUCCCUGGAGCGCUACAUCCUGGUGGAUAUAGACGACAUAUUCGUGGGCAAGGAGGGCACCCGCAUGAAGGUGCCUGAUGUAAAGGCCCUGCUGGAGACGCAGAGGGAGCUGCGCACCCAUGUGCCCAACUUCACCUUCAAUCUGGGCUUCUCAGGGAAAUUCUUUCACGCUGGAUCUGACGAGGAGGACCUGGGAGAUGACUUGCUGCUUUCAUAUGUCAAGGAUUUCUGGUGGUUUCCCCACAUGUGGAGUCACAUGCAGCCGCAUUUGUUCCAUAACCAGUCCGUGCUGGCCGAGCAGAUGUUGCUCAACAAGAAGUUUGCCAUGGAGCACGGCAUCCCCACUAACAUGGGCUAUGCUGUGGCCCCCCACCAUUCGGGCGUCUACCCUGUUCACAUGCAGCUGUACGACGCCUGGAAGAAGGUGUGGGGCAUCAAGGUGACGAGCACGGAGGAGUACCCCCACCUGAAGCCCGCCCGCUUCCGGCGAGGUUUCAUCCACAGCGGCAUUAGCGUGUUGCCCAGACAGACAUGCGGUCUGUUCACACACACCAUCUUCUACAAAGACUACCCAGGCAGCCCCAACGAACUGGACAAGCUCAUCAAUGGAGGCGAGCUCUUCCUCACCGUUCUGCUGAACCCUAUCAGCAUCUUCAUGACUCACUUGUCCAACUAUGGGAACGACCGCCUCGGCCUGUACACCUUCAAAAGCCUGGUGAUGUUCCUCCAGACCUGGACCAACCUGAAGAUGCAGACGCUGCCGCCCGUUCAGCUGGCUCACAAGUACUUCAGCCUGUUUCCCUCUGAGAGAGACCCCCUCUGGCAGGAUCCUUGUGAGGACAAAAGGCACAAGGACAUUUGGUCAAAGGAGAAAACAUGUGAUCGCUUCCCCAAGCUGCUCAUCAUCGGGCCUCAGAAAACAGGGACGACGGCUCUGUACCUGUUCCUCGGCAUGCACCCCGACCUGACCAGUAACUACCCCAGCAAGGAGACGUUCGAGGAGAUCCAGUUUUUCAAUGGACACAACUAUCACAGAGGCAUUGACUGGUAUAUGGAAUACUUCCCUCUGCCCUCCAACACCAGUUCAGACUACUACUUUGAGAAGAGUGCCAACUACUUUGACUCUGAGGUGGCGGCUCAGAGGGCCGCGGCGCUCCUGCCCAAAGCCAAGAUCAUCACCAUCCUCAUCAACCCGGCAGACCGAGCCUACUCCUGGUAUCAGCACCAAAGAGCCCACGACGACCCGGUGGCGUUGAAGUACUCCUUCCACGACGUGAUCACCGCGGGCCACGACGCUCCGGUCAAGCUGCGGGUCCUCCAGAACCGCUGUCUGGUGCCGGGCUGGUACGCCGUCCACCUGGAGCGCUGGCUCAACUUCUACCACUCCAGCCAGCUGUUGGUUUUGGACGGACAGAUGCUGAAGACCGAGCCCGCCUCAAUUAUGGAUAAAAUCCAGAAGUUUCUCAGCCUUGCCAACGUUAUCAACUACCACAAGAUCUUGGCGUUUGACCCCAAGAAAGGAUUUUGGUGUCAGCUGGUGGAGGGAGGAAAGACGAAGUGUUUGGGAAAGAGUAAAGGACGCAAAUACCCUGACAUGGAUCCUGAGUCGCAGGGGUUCCUCAGGGAAUACUAUCGAGAUCACAACAUCGAGCUGUCCAAGCUUCUGUACAGGAUGGGCCAGCCGCUGCCCAGCUGGCUCCGGGAGGAACUGGUCCACACCAGGUAGCAGCGCCCGCAGGUGGACGACCACGCCUCCACCCCCCCCCCGCCACUGCUCUGUCCCGCGGCGGCCCCGCCCCCCACGUGGCCUCAAGCACCGGAGAUCCUCGGCGGUUUUGACGCAGACUGGAUCAUGUCGACAUCCAGGGAUGGGAUUUUCCUACGAGGAUUCAAAACCUGAUUGCGAUCUUCCAAAACAGGACGACAGUGGACAAAGCAGAGCAGAGACACGGAUGUCCCGAAGAGACGGCGAUCCACACGAGGAGCCGGCGGUGUCUGAUAAUCACAUCUCUGUUCUUCUUAAUCGAGCUCACUUUUCACCACAUGAACUUCUUCUGGGAACUUAAAGGAGGAGGGGGAAAAAAAAAAAAAAAGCGUCUGAAGCUUGAGCAGCCUUCAUUUUCAGUUCUCGGAGCAGGAAGCAAAGAGACGUAACGCUCCGUCCGUGAGCGGCGCUGUCGGAGCUCACUGACGCAGGAAACACACGUUUCAUUCUAAAAGCAUCGCAGCCUGAUUGACGGAGAGACGUCGGAUCGGAGUCCUCGAUAGACGCGUUUGAGAGGAGGAACGGGACGUGUGGAGUUUUGACUCGGGCUGCAUGUCGUAGCCUUACAUGAUAGGCCUUGGUAGAACCUAGUUAUCGCAUUUACAAGUGCCAGGGAAGAAUGUUCAUUAAACUAUUACCAUGUGGACUUCGGAGGGUUCUUUAAGUUUGUGUUUUACGUUUUAUUUCCUUUGAUCUUGUUUUAACAUUUCUAUAAUGCUGAAGGCAACGCAUUAUUGUAGAAUGUACCAAAACUAAACUUCUUAGCUCCGUUGUGUCCAUGUAGGCCGGAUGUACAGUGGAGGUAUUUAUUCUGUUUUGGCUCAGUUUUGCAAUGAUCACCGAUGAGUGGAAGUUGAAAGCACAAUGUUUCAGGCAUUCGAGUCACGAUCAUUUCUGAACUUACUGGAAAGCACACUAACAAACAGGCUCCUACUCCAAUCUGUGAACAAUUUCAUAAGCUAGCGUUUUAACGAAGCACGCCGGAGGGACGGGAGAGCAGCGCAUGUCAAAAUCUGAUCUCAGCAGUGAGGUUUUUUUUAUCAAAUCUGUAUAGUUUAUUUCAUUUUCUUUUAUGUCAUUUACAAAGAGGACUUUAUUUUGGGAGGAAAAAGCAAUCUAUCAGUUAAAAAAAACAAAACAAAAAACGGUGAACAAACAAGAUUCCUCGUGAGACUGUUUGUAAAAGACGUUGGGUUGUCGGUCGAGGAGUUUCCACUGCAACUAUAGAUGUCAGGCAUUGAUAAACAGCUGCUCCAACUGCAAUAGUUUUGUACAACGUCCCGGUGUAACGAUGCACACGUUGGUCCAUUAUCUCCUGACUUUGUAAUGUACAUAAUGC